AUGAAAGUUACCUCAAGUUAUCAACUCAUCUGUUCAUUUAUCAUCAUCAUCAUCAUUUUCAUCACCAGUUUUAUGGUGACAGUGAUAAAUGGUAUUCCCAUAUUGUAUAAAGGAAAUGAGCCUGGUUUAACUAUUUUAUCGGAGAGAAAUUUUUCCCAAUUUAUAUUCCAUCAGAAUAAUACUUUUAUAGUUGAAUUUUAUAAUUCCUGGUGUGGUCAUUGUGUCCGUUUUGCUCCUACAUGGAAAACCUUUGCCAAGGAUAUAAGACAUUGGUCAAAAGUGGUUCGUGUUGCUGCAAUUGAUUGUGCCGAGGAAUCAAAUGUAAAACUGUGCAGUGAUUAUAAUAUUAAUCUAUUUCCCUCUGUUCGUUAUUUCUGGCAUAAUUAUGAUUAUCUUAAAAAUGGUCAACCCUUGUCCACUCAAAUUGGAAGUAUUGAUUCAAUGAGACAUGAUUAUCUUGAUUGGGUACACCGAUCAUGGUCUCAAGGAACACCUUCAAAUUGGCCUAAUCUUAACUACCUGGAUCCUAAUUCCGAAGAGAUGAACAAUCUAACAGAAAUUUCAUCCUCAAGAGAUAUUCUAAUCCUGGUUGAAGGAGAAAAAUCUUAUUUAGGAAGAGAGGUUAUUCUGGAUCUGUCGCCAUUUUUAGACACCAUUGUAGUGAGAAGAAUCAAAACUGGACACAAAUGGCUUGAGCAAUUAAAAGAAUCACCUCUUCUUCUACCUGUUAUUAUAAAGAUCUCUAAAGGAGGAAAACCUGUGAUAUUUAAAAGGCCCAAUGAACUUGGUCCUGAUCAUCGUAAAGUUACAGUUGAUGUCAUAAUGAACGAAUACAAUUUAACUUAUUUGGAACCAUUAAUAUCAUCAGCACCUUCAUCUUCAUUUAAGGCUCUUCAAGAAAAUACAAAAAAUGAACAACAAUCAAACUUGGAUUCAACUGAUUCUCUUCAUCUAACUGACUUAUAUUUAUCCAUUCAUGAGACUUUAUAUAAACAGAUUCCUUUGCACCGAGAAUUGGAUUCAUCGAGAUUAGAAAUUUUGAAAAAUUUUAUCAACAUUUUGAAUGAUUAUUUUCCAUUUGAUUCUGAAUCGGCUAAAAGUUUCAUCUCAUCCCUAUCAAAAUGGUUGUCCACUCAAGUCCAUGGUUUAAAUAGGGAAGCUUUUCUAACGGUUCUUGAUAAAUUAAAUCAUCAAACUCCUUUUCCAAAGCCAGAUAAUUGGAUAACUUGUUCCGGAAGUGAGCCAGUUUUCCGUGGUUAUCCAUGUUCAUUGUGGCUUCUUUUUCACACUCUAACCGUCAAUGAAUACAUGAAAACCUCAGGUGAACCAGAGGGUCAUAAAGUUUUAUAUACGAUGCGUGAUUAUAUUAAAAAUUUUUUCUCUUGUGCUGAUUGUGCCAAACACUUUGGAGAAAUAUCUUCAAAUCUGGAAUCAACAUUAAUCUAUCCAAAUAGCUCAAUUGUUUGGCUUUGGAGAGCUCACAAUAUUGUUAAUAGACGUUUAUCUAAAGAUUUAACUGAAGAUCCGGUUCAUCCCAAAGUCCAAUAUCCAUCACCUGUUACUUGUCCAACCUGUUGGACAUUAGAUGGUCAACGUUUUAAUGAAACUGGUACUUUUAUUUUUCUGUUAACACGUUAUCGUGGUGAUAAUUUGAUUAAACAUUCAUCAUCUUUGGUUCCAACAAAUUUACAUCCAAAUAAUGAUAAUGACAAUGGCAAUGUCCAGGAUUCCAAUGAAAAUGUAUUUGAUUCAUAUGAUCAUGAUUUCCAACACACGGGUAACAUGUGGACUUGGCCGAAUGUUAUUCUAAACAAAAUGGACAUUAGUUUAUGUUUACUUUUGUACAUUGUAACUUCUUGCAUGUUGUUGACAUUUUGUUUUAUAUUGUCAAUGAGGAAAAAGCGCCGGAAAGAGCAUAAAUUCAGAUAUCCGAUGGCUCCUUAAAAGUGAAAAGAUGAUUUUUCUUCUAAUGUGACUGAGAGAGGAAAAAUAUUCUUGUUGGUACAAAAAAAGGAACAGAAAAAAAACAAAUAUAAUCAAAUAAACAAGAGACUUAUCCCUUUGUAUAAAAUAUUUUGUCCAUGAGCAAUUUUUUUCCUAUUGUGAUGCAUGUAUUAUAUUUAUUCAAUUGAGAAAUUACACUGAUUUCUUUUUAAA